GUUUCACAGCUGCAACAUCGAUGCGCGCGCAACACUGUGUUUAGAUGUGAUCGCUGCAAGAAGGCAAGAAGUCGGGAAUUUUUGACCACGGUCAGAUGAAUGUUCAACCCCCUCCCCCGCCCACCCUCUGCUGGAUGUUUUUUUCGGAGAGAUGUGACAGCGCUAUGUGCGGGACUUUGCGGCUGCCUGUGCACCACAUAAACCGCAGCUCCGUAAGGCCAACAAACUUUGGAUAAAUUUGUGACGGAGUAAGGAGCUGACCGACGGCCAAUUAAUGCUGCUGCUACUGCUGCUUCCAUGGAUAGUGGGGGCGGCGCUGUUGGGCAUAGUUGCAGGCGCUGCUGCCACCCCCAGCGCCUGCGACCGCUCCCGAAUGAUAAUGAACGGCCCCCGAGGACGUUUCAGUUCUGGACCACCAGGAUCCAACUACACCCAAGACUCACAUUGCCAGUGGUUAAUUCAGAACGAUCAGGGAGGAGGCUGGAUUACAAUAAUGUUCACAAAGAUAAGCACAGAGUGCUCAUUUGACUAUAUAUUUGUCUUCGACGGCGAUUCCCCAUAUUCGACCCUGCUAGCAUCUUUCAGUGGACAAAACCAAGCACAGAACAUUUCUGGACAAUCUGGAAGCAUGCUUGUUGUUUUAUACUCUGACACAAAUUAUGUACUUGAGGGAUUCGAAGCUGAGUACUUUGUAUCCGCCUGCCCAUCGGACUGCAGUGGUCGAGGCAAGUGCCGAGAGAACGGCUUGUGCGAGUGCCAUCAAGGAUUCGCGGGGCCUGAGUGUUCCUGGCAGAUUUCAGCCAAGGAGCCAAAUGAAUGGGCUUGGCUGCCGCACAUCGGACUUCGACCACGCGCCGCACACUCAGCAACAUACAUCUCUGCUUCUGACAGACUCUACAUCUUUGGUGGUCAUGAUCUCAACAAUGCUAUGGAUCAUCUUCAAGCAUUUGAUUUCAAAACGAAUGAAUGGUUAAAUAUUGAAGCUGAUGGUGGACCUGCAGCACGAUUUUCUCAUGCAGCCUCAAGUCAUCCUCUGGGCAUUGUUCUUCAUGGUGGCCAGUUAAACGAUGGGACGCUAUCAGAUGAAAUUUGGGUCUAUAAAGCAUCGACUGCCGAGUGGUCUAAACGCGGAGAGUUUUGUUCCAAUCGACCGCCUCCGCUCGCUCGACACAGCCUGACGCUCGGUCAGCAUAACUGGCUUUACCUUUUUGGAGGUCAAGUUCAAGACGGUCAUUUCUCCAGCCAACUGUGGAGACUGAGAAUAGGCAGCUCUCCAGAAGAGGAUGAAUGCCAACUUAUUGAAGCAAAAGCAGGAAAAGAUUUAGACUUGCGACUGGCUGGGCACGCGGCAGCUUUCCACUCAGAUUCUCAAAUUUUGUUGGUUUACGGUGGCCUUGCUGUUUCCCACGCCCGAACAGCAACGCUUUCUGACAGAAUCUACGCAUAUCACGUUGAGUCAAGUGUUUGGUCAGAGCUGCACUAUCCACGUUCGCAGGAUGCAAACAUACCUCGGGAGCGUGCCUUUCACACAGCAUCCAUAGUCGGCAACUUGCUGGUGGUUGUUGGAGGUUACAGCCAGCGCCACCACCAACACGAAACCUGCCAUGACCAUUCCACGUACCUGUACCACUUGCAAUGCCAUUCUUGGUUGGAAAUCCCUCCCAAGGGAGCUGCCGAACUACCAGGCGGCCGAUUCGCACACGCCACAGCGCUGCGAGGAAACCAAUUGCUUGUUACUGGAGGCUACAGUGGGAAAGUGAACUCUGAUCUCUUGGUUUGGACGCCUCUGGCUGAUGGGCGAGUCGUCUGUAGCCACCUGAAAGGUUUUCUCGAAUGCGCCGCCAAUCCUGAGUGCGGUUGGUGCUCUGCCGACGACACCUGCCAUCCUCGCACUGCUGGAGCCAAUUGUACCACCAAUUUGCAGACAACGCGUUGUCCUGGAAUUUGCCCAGCAUUGGUUGACUGCCACUCUUGCCUAGCGCUUGGAAAUGUUACAAAAGGCGAUUCUUUUGCGGUUGGCCUGAGACCUGGGCAGUGCUCUUGGUGUGUCCAGACAGCACGUUGCUAUCCAAGAGACGAUAAAUGGGGAAUGUGCGGAGCCAAAGAAGAAACUCCUACAUUGUCUCCUGGCUGGUGGGGGACAAAAGGAACUGAAGUGCAUCAAAUUUCCUCUUGCACCCGUCUAGACAAGAGACCUGGCCUCACCCUUUUGAAAUAUACUCACCCAGCUAACCUUUCACAACCUGAUUAUGUGAGCAUCGUAAAUUCCUCAACUGUUUGGCUGCCUUCAUCUCAAGGGUCUGUCGUGGGGAGUGAGGCCAUGGCCAGGAUGUUGGGAUUCUUGCGAGUGCCUCCUUCUUGGCAGAAAGAAAAUCUCUGUUUGUGUCAAGAACACUCUUCUGCAUUUCUGAAAAUUUCACCAUCGCCUGGAGCUGCACUCGCUCUUGUCGCGAAUUCUACAUCUCAAGAUCCUAAACGUUGCUGGAGGACAAAGUGGCCAACUGGAGAUGACGCUUUACUUACUUCUGGACGCUUGCCUAUUGAACUCGUGGCGCGCCAGCCACUGGGCCGAGGACAAGUUUCUGGAGCUUACGUUCGCGUCUCCCAUGGCCACUGUGGUGUUGAUAAAACAAAGGUUUUCACUUUUGAGCACUUGGAGGCAUGGGAAGGAACCGACUGCGGAGCACACCAAAACUGUCUGCAGUGUGUGGCCGACCAGAGUUGCGGUUGGUGUGAAUUGACCGACCAAUGCAUAGCAAGGAAGGGCAAAGAGCAAACAAGCUGCACCCGCUCUGAUGGCCACUGGCGCUACCUCAUUUUACAAUCGCCCGCCUGCCCCAGGUGUUCGGAUAUCACCUCAUGUAAAGCUUGUUCCUCAAAUCCACUCUGUGAGUGGUGGUCUCACGAAGCGCAAUGCACACGAAGGGGACGGUUGCAAGGUGCCAUAGUAGAAGAAGGUAAAUGUCCUGAAGAGUGCCAUACGAGAAAAAAUUGUGAGCAGUGCUUAGAAGACUCUGGUCCUUGUGUGUGGUGCCAUUCUCGUCAAGAAUGUUUUUUGUUCUCUGCCUACACAUCGCAAAUGCAAUAUGGACAGUGUCAUGACUGGCAAGACAAAUCUCCUUGCAGGGUGUGUGACGCCCUAACUAAUUGUUCCUCAUGUCUUCGCACUUUGGGUUGUGGUUGGUGCUACCAAGUGGAUAAUCCUGUGUACGGCAAAUGUGUUGAUGGAGACUGGAAUAGCCCCAAAUCAGGAGAAUGCUUACUUUCUAUUCCUGGAAACUCGUCAUGGGCUUACAAAACUUGCCCAGAUGUGGACGAGUGCGCUUUGGAGUUGCAUGAAUGCCACCCUGAGGCAACGUGUAUCAACACACCAGGUGCUUACGAGUGUGCCUGUCCUCACGGGUUCAUUGGAGACGGCCGAAGAGAAUGCCAUCGCACUUGCUCUGUGAAGUGUGUGCACGGUCAUUGCAGUGGGGCACCCGACUACAAAUGCUCAUGCAAACUCGGGUGGGCUGGUGUGGCCUGUGACAUCUCAUGCGGCUGCAAUGGCCACGCUUCCUGUUUGGAAGGUCCAGGUCUUUGUGACGAGUGUCAUAAUUUUACUACUGGACUGAACUGUUCCAGCUGUGUUUCUGGAGCAUUUGGAGAUCCAACUUCUCUAGAAGGGUGCCAACCUUGCGAAUGCAAUGGCCAUGGGGAUGAGAGCUCGGGAUUGUGCAAUCCUACCAGUGGACAAUGCUUCUGCGCUGACCAUACAGAAGGUCCAACCUGUUCACAGUGCAGAAGAGGAUUUUAUGGCAACCCAAGAAGUGGAGGUAUGUGCUACAGAGGCUGCACCCCAAGAGCACUUCUCUCUGGCCUGCGACCAGGUGCUUUUGGUGCCGCAGACGCUCGGCCGCUUGAUGAAUGCUUAUGGGUGAUUUGGCCUUUUGCAAACAUGACUCAACCACCUGCAGUCGUGAUUCAAUUGCGAAUUGAGGAAAUGCAAGUCGAGUGUGGCUUGAACGCUGUUUACCUGUACGAUGGCCUCCCUUCAAGUGGUCAUCUCCUGGCGGUAGUAUGCAACAACGACUCAUCCCUUCCAUUUAGCAUAGAAGCUAGAUCAGGUCUAGUGUCGAUAUAUUUCCAACGAGGGGAGUUUGGUGAAUCAUUUAAUGCCACAUACAGAGUUUUCCACUGUCCAGACGACUGUUCUGGACAUGGAACCUGCAUCGACGGAACUUGUGAUUGUACUGAAGGAUGGUCUGGGCCAAAUUGCCUUGGAAUGGUGUGCCCGACAAAUUGCAGUGGCCAUGGCAUCUGCAGCAACAAACUUGGCAGCUGCUUAUGUGCGACAGGCUGGGGUGGUGCCAGCUGCGACACGCCAACAUCUCACAGACUUGCUUUCAACACUCUAUUCCAAGCUGAAGACCUACCUGAUAGUGUUGACCAUUUACGGAAAACACUGCCACGCUUUGGCCAUUCAGUGGCCCUUGAUGGGAGAGGGGGACUUUGGCUCUUUGGUGGUUUAUCUCUUUCCCUCGGGCCAUUGAACGAUAUUAGAUUAUUUGAUACAAGAAACAGGACUUGGAUGCAGGUCACUGUUGAUUCUACAAGAGAAGCAGCCCUUCCAUCUGGUCGCUACUUUCACGCUGCAGUUUUUGCUGUGUCAAGGCACGAGUUCUUUGUGUUUGGCGGGCUUGGAGCUAACCGAGGACCUGCGGAAGGGUCGUUCAGCUGCCGCAGCAGAGCUCUUAAAGAUCUCUGGGUUUUCAGCCUCAAGUCACGCAGAUGGGAACAAGUUGUUGUUUCCCACGAGAGUAUACACCCACCAGCCCUUGCUGGACACUCGAUGGUGCUAAAAUAUGUGCCAGAUAAGAAAAUUUCCCACCUCAUAGUCAUAGGAGGUCUAGAGCCAUGCAGAGGGCCAUCAGACGACACAUGGAUGUUUGACUUGGAAACUAGAGUUUGGUGGCGUCCAACUUUCAAUGGCAACGGCCCAUCAGGAUUAUACGGACACUCCGCGACCUAUCAUGCAGCUACAGAUGUGAUUUAUGUGUAUGGGGGCUAUGAGGGCCCCAGAGCACGCCCUACUGAUCAUUUUUACGCUCUCCAUGUGGCUUCAAGAACAUGGACACUCCUUCCUCCGUUUGCUGAGUACAAUUCUUUUGAAUUCCCUGUGCCAAGACCACGAACUAUGCAUUCCAGUGUUAUUAUCGAUGAUUACCUACUUAUUUUUGGAGGACGCACAUAUCCAAAUAACCAUUCUGAUGUUCUACUCGCAUACAGUUUCGCUUGCAGUUUGUGGGUCCAGUUGCUUCCCUCUGACCUAGACACUGUCGGAUCCAAACCUACUCACUGUAUCGGCCAAUCAUUAGCCCAUGACCCAGAAAGCGGCACUGUCUAUGUGGUGGGUGGCUACAAUGGAGCCGCCCUCGGCCGCGUAAGCUCCAUUCAGACACCACCGCACCUUUGUGCUCUGUACUCAAGCAACAAAGCCUCUUGUCGAAGCGUGAGAGGCUGCUCUUUUUGCGCUAUACACUGGAAGGACGGCACCGAGAACAGCCUCUGCUUCCCAGCAGGUUCUGAGGACGCGUGCGACGCCCGCAACGCCACUGUUAUCAGCAACAAUGGCCAGCGCUGCGAUGCCGCGUGGAUGUCUCGGCGAGAAUGCAGUGCAUCAAGGUCGUGCAUCGAGUGCCAGGCCUUUUUCCCUCCACAGACGUCUCCUAUGUGUCGAUGGUGCAACAACCGCUGCGUCCACUCAGAUGAGAUUUGUAACCACUCUGCGCCAUCCAGCUUAUCUUCCUGCCGGUCACCUUGUGCAAGUGGAGCGAACUGCGCCUCAUGCGCUGACAAGGGUUGUUCGUGGCGCGACGAAACGUGCGUCGAGGCCGAAGGUGGACCAUGGGGCCGGUGUCCGACUCCCUGCUCUGCUCACGUCACUUGCCGAUCGUGCUUGGGCGCCUCUGGUUGCGCCUGGGCGACCAGAAGCAACUCGUGCGUCGCCCUAGCGCACACUCCGCUGCUCUGUGCCGGGGGCAUUUGCGGUCUGCUGCUGCGCGGCGGCACUGACCGCUGUCCGCAGCCGUGCACGGCGCUUUCGCAGUGCUCAACUUGCUUGCGACACGCCAGGUGCGGCUGGUGCUGGACGCGCGCCACCAACGCCACCGGACAGGGCUUCUGCGUGGAUGGCUCCAUGGACGGACCUGACGCGCGAACGACCUGCACCGAAUACAACCACAGCUGGCACUAUGCUGAGUGCCCACCAGAAGACGAGUGCUCUAAUGAACACCACAACUGCGACCCGCGCUCUGAGCGAUGCGUCAAUUUACUUCACGGUUUCAAGUGCGAGUGCAACGACGGAUAUCAACCUAACAAGUCUGGAGGAUGUGUUCCUGUUUGCCCUCAAGGUUGUGUGCAUGGCAUUUGCAUCGAACCUAACAAGUGCGACUGUGACUUUGGUUUCGUUGGGGCUGACUGCCGCCAGCAUUGCCAGUGCAAUGGGCAUUCUCAGUGUGGAGGGCCUGAUGCUUUGGACAAAUGCACCAAAUGUCUAAACAACACGGAGGGCCCUCAAUGUGAGAAAUGCAAAACAAACUACGUCGGCAACCCUGCGAACAACGGGCGGUGCGUUCCGUGCGUCGAGUUCUGCUACGGCCACUCAUCCACCUGCGUCGAGAGUAUCAACUCGGCCGUUUGCUUGCACUGCGACAAUCACACAUCAGGCGACCGCUGCCAGGUGUGCGUCAACGGCCACUUCAGGUCAACCGAUUCCCUGCUUGACCCUUGCCGACCCUGCGAGUGCCACGGCCAUGGAGACACUUGCGAUGCUACUACUGGUGGCCACUGCCUCUGCCACAACAACACCGAAUCUGACUCGCAGUGCGUGGCAGGAGCUCGCGUUGGCGCUGGCGGGGCACCCUGCUGGCGGUUGCAGUGUGCCCGGUGUAGGGAAUUCUUCAUUGGCACACCCACAGGUGGUCAUGCGUGCUACCGGCAAAUGGCUGUCGAGCUCGACUACUGUACUGGUGACAGCUGCAACCCUCUAGAGUCAGGGCGUGCGGCGUUUUUCGCAGUGCAACCGCGCUUCAUGAACGUGGACAUCCGGCUGGUGGUGGACGUGGGUGGCGCCGGUGCUGACGUGUGGUUGGCGCCGCGUGAUGACGCUUUAAUCGUCGGGAUGGACGGCCGCGUGACCCUGGACACUCGGCUGAGCAACGCGUCUGUCAACGAGAUCGGCGCUCACGGGCUCUCGACGUUUGCCACCCUUGGCCAAGCACACGCCCUGGUUGUGCGUGCCCUGCGCCACCGGCUUGUAGUCACGCUGCCCCAGAGCAUUCAUGAUCUGGCCAUCGCACGCUUCUACGUCGCUGUGCAGGCUAGGGACGCACCACUCCAUGGACAGCUGCACUUCAGACAGGAUCAACUGCACAUCGACCUCUUCGUCUUCUUCUCUGUGUUUUUCUCGUGCUUCUUCCUGGCGCUGGCCGCCGGCCUGCUGCUAUGGAAGGCCAAACAGGCGGCCGACAUGCGGCAGGCGCGUCGGCGGCACGUCGUCGAAAUGCUUCACCUCGCGCGCCGACCCUUCGCCUCGUCGUCCAUCGUGCUUGGAGCGGCCACGCGCUCCCGACGCCACCGGCGGCCACGUGAGGUGCGGCCGCUGGCGUUCGAACCGACGGCCGAUGGCCUGGCGGCCGUCGCCACCGUGAUGGUCGAGCUGCCGACGGGCCCGGUGCGGCUGGCGCUCGCCUCCUGCCUCGUUCUCAUGGCCCGCCGUCCCCCCAACUCCUGACUGACCCCACCGAACCUGCAUUCCUAAUCUCGCUCAGGCUCAAAUCGCAUUUACUCUUGUCACUUAGGACGUAGGUCACACUGAAUCUCAUUUUAAUAAAGAUAUAACUCGAUAAUCUAGAACUAUCAAAACAAAAA